AUGUGGGUGGACGCCAGGUCAUCCGGCAAAACCACCUUGAUUUGCUCCUUGUUGGCCGUGCUCAAUGGGAAGUAUCCUCAUUCCUAUGACUACAAGGAGAAGUUGCGGGAGAUGCCUGUGCGGGUACUCAGCCUAUGUGAGAUCCGUUACAUGUCAGGAGAAACUCGACAGAUGAGGCCCUGCGGUCCCAAUCCACGUGAGGAGCAUCCGCUCUGUGCCAAGACUAGCCCCAAUAGCAACCUGCAUUACAGCGCAGUCCCUUCGUGGAUGAGAAUCAUCCUCCGCAGCCGCUUGGCAGAGGGAACCGCAGCGUUGCCGAGACUUGGCCCGCUUGCUGGCCGUUCUCGCCUGAGUUUCAAUGGGUACACAGUGGUCAUCGGUGUAACGAAGCUCCUCAAGUUGCGGGAAGAUCGCUUGAGAGAAGAUGCCUAUGGCAAAGAUCACCGUGGAGAGGUUGGAAAGGACCCUCGAAGCAGCUACGAGUCUUUCGUUGGAAGGUACAUUGACAAAGUGUGUGCUUGUCUUCAGGCCAAAGCAGGAGAGAACGACUGGUCCUUCACUGAUGGACCAGAACACGUUGCCUUUCCGUUGCCGAAUGUCAGCAUCUUUGACGUUCCAACCUGGACGAGUGUCACAGACUUUCAGGCCUGGGAAGGUCGGAAAGGCACUCCGGAGCUGCCAAACUUCAAAUACUACAACUCUCAACUCACCAGGCUGCUGCAUGCUGUGUGCAAACGCUCAAGUUCAGAAGCUGCCUGA